AUGGUAUCUGUUUACACUCUUCCGCCGAGUCCCCCCAACUGGGACAAGGUUGGCGUAUUCUACAUCUCUUGGUGUGCAUCAUGGACAACGUUUCUCAUCACAGGCAUGGUUUUCUGCUGGUAUAACAGGAACCUCCCUGUACUAAAGAUUCGCGGCCUGCUACUGUCUUUCUCCGCUAUUGCAUUUCUGCACAUAUACUGGAUCCUCGCACAAAUCACAUAUCCCAUUGGGGCGACUAUGCCACUAGUCCUCGCAUACGACAUUCAGUAUUUCUUCAUGAGUCUCUGGUUCCCUCUGGGAGUCGCACUCUUCCACGCGUCCAAUCUCCGCUUCCUUCGCGUGGCAAGACUGCAGAAACAGUUUACUCAUCCUUCCCGUCGGGUAGAACCUGGCUGCAAUGGCGCGAGAACUUCGUGGCUUUGCCGCCUAAGAAACAUGGACCAUACAAGGCGAGCCUUGCUUUUUAUUGGCCUCGGAAUGAUUGUCCAGGUCCUCCUCACCGUCGGUAUGUGGGUAGCAUGUCGAAAAUACCAUCCGACAUUUGGCAUUCCUGGUACCGAACUUCGUGGCGCGACGAUCCCCGAGCAGCUGGUGGACUUGGGUCGAGGGUGGGAAUGGUGGCCGUCCGUCUUAUGGCAGGUCAUCUGGACUUGGAUCAUUGCACCUUUUCUGAUCUGGCGGGCAUGGGGAAUCCGCGAUACCAUGGGAUGGCGCACACAAACCAUCGGCUGCUGUAUCUCCAAUCUUCACGCGACACCAAUGUUCCUAAUAUCGUCCUAUGUCCCUGCCUUUGAAAAGGUCAACCGAUAUUUCACGCCAAGCCAAUGGAUUCAUCUAUCCAUCCUUAUGUUUGAAGUAUUCACUGUUUUUGUUCCUGUCUUCCAGGUGUUCAAAUUUUGGCUUCGGCAAAAGAAGGCAGCGCGUUCAAAUGCCAAAUGGGGUUCUUCCUCUGACGAUACGCCGCCCAGCCCAUCUUCCUCAGAAGACUGGAUUUUCUCUUCCAACACCUCAAGCCCAAAGGGGAAAGCUAUUGAAAUGUUUCAGGAAGAUCUAGGCGAUCGUUUUUUAACCAUGAGCGCCCUCGAAAUGAUCCUCAACGAGGAUCCACAUCCUCUGCAAGAAUUCUCUGCACUGAGAGACUUUUCCGGAGAAAACAUCGCCUUCUUAACAAGCGUUGCGAAAUGGAAGUCAUCAUGGAAUGAGAAGUCGGGCAAUGAACAGAAGCGCGAAAUUUAUAAUGGCGCUCUAGAGAUUUACGUCGACUAUAUCAGCCCCAGAGACGCCGAGUUUCCUCUGAAUCUGGCCUCUGGCGAGCUCAAACGCGUCGAGAAGAUUUUCGAAAAAGCCGCUCGUAUCGUCUGUGGAGAGCAAAACAUCAACCCCGCAACUCCUUUCGACGUUGAAGUUGCCCCUUGGCGGUGUGAUACUGAUGGUCCGUUCGAACUAACCAGCAGGACCACUCCCAGGGUGAAAUAUGACGGCGAGAUUCCUGAUGCUUUUGACGUGACGGUGUUUGACAGCAUACAGAGCCAUAUCAAGUAUCUGGUUUUGACGAAUACAUGGCCCAAGUUUGUAGAAGAGAUGCAGGCUAGAAAACGACGAUCGAGCGAAACGGCGCGGACAGUGAGAAGCGAGGGCACGUGGAAGUCUGGGUCAACAAUCACGAAUCGGAUCAAACAUCUGGUCCAUCAAAUAAUUUAG